AUGGUCGGCACGCGCUCCCGAGCCUCCGUAGCGGACGGGGACAACCACGCUGGCGACACUGUCAUGGAUGAAGCUGGAAUGCAAACAACAGUCUUUGACCCACUUGGCGACCUCCGUUUGAGAUGUGGCGCUGAGCUUGGGUCUGCUGUCCAAGACUUCGUCGUCUGCUCCCGGUCUUUGGCGCGAGCCUCGCCUGUGCUGCGUGUGCUGACCUAUGGUCCUUUCGCCGAGUCGAGGGCCAACCAGUCCUCGGCUUCGCCCGACAAGGACAACGAAUGGGUCAUCGAUCUCCCCGAAGACGACCCGAAACCCUUCCGGGACAUCCUCAACAUCGUUCACGGAAGGUUCAAUCUCGUCCCGCGCCGACUCUCUUUGGCCGCAUUGUACGAUGUUUUGGCCCUCACCCACAAAUAUGACAUGUCGGCUGUCAUCAAGCCAUGGUCUGAUGGGUGGUACCAGAAUGUCGAUACAGAACCCAACGCCAACGACCCCAGACUACUACUUGUGGCGCGCGAGUUGGGUGCCACCCAGCGUUUCGCCUCGUUGGUGCGCGAAUGGGCCAUAAAAAGCCAUCUGAAUGCUGCCGGCGAGGUUGUGAUGGAGGACGGCCAAGGCUGUAACUUGCUGUCUUACAAAUACCUCAAGCCCGAAACCGCAGCAGACACUAUCCGCAAGCGCAGAGAAGAACUUGUGCAAUAUAUUCUCGGGUGUUGGAAUGAUACAGCGGACAAACUCUUGGCGGCGAACUACCUCGCUGAUUGCCGCGCCGAGUACACCUACUUGUACGGACUGAUGAUGAGAGCAGCGAAGGAACACAAAGCAGGAAAAUCUCUACUCUCCGUACCGGCGCGGGAAUGGCCUCUAUCUGUUUCUGAUCUACAGGCGUUUAUCCAUUCCCUGACGCAGUCAGACGAGUAUACCAAAAAACUUAAUUCUUACCACAGCCUUUUUUCCGGUUCGCCCAAUCUCAUUGCAAACAUGAAGACAGCGGUAUGUCAGCUCCUUCUUAUCCACGACUUGCUCCUUUUGAGCUAA